AUGCAUUCAUCAUCGUUGUUAAAACAUCUUGUACCGUUUAUCACUCGUACAUCACAACGUCGUCUUGCUGCAUAUGCUCAAUCAGACUUAGUACUACAUAAUGAUCCUGUUCUUCCAAUCAUUGAUUUUUCAUCAUUUGCAAGUAAAAACGAAACAAAUGAUUAUCCUCGCGAUAUGAUCGAGAAAUUGGCAAAUGCUUGUGAACAUGUUGGAUUUUUUUAUGCGAUCGGUCAUGGAAUACCCAAUGAAUUACUUCUUCGAACAUUAUCUGUGACACGUCAAUUAUUUGAUCUUGAUUCUAAAAUAAAAAAUCAAUAUGCUGCUCGUUUAUCUGCUAAUUCUUCAAAACUAAAUCAACAAUUCCGUGGUGGAUUAGCUCGCGGUUAUCAAAGUGUUGGUGAAAAUGUUACAAAUGCAAAACGUGAUCGUCAUGAAGGUUUUGAUCUUUAUCGUGACUUGGAAGAUAAUCAUCCACUUCGUUUACAAUUCAAUGAUAAAAAUUUAUCAAAUAAAAAACUACCAGAUUAUCCUGAAUUAGCUCAAGGAAGGAAUCCAUGGCCAAAAGAAUUUCCAAUAUUUAAAGAAACUUUAACUGAAUAUACUGCAGCCAUGCUACGAACAGGUGAACGUGUUAUGCGUGCUAUUGCUCUUUCAUUGAAUUUACCAUUAAAUCAUUUUGAAUCCACAUUUAAUGAGUCAUUUUGGGUUAUUCGAUGUAUCAAAUAUCCGGCUGUACAUCAAAAUGAAAGUAAAUCACCUGAGUAUGGUCAUGGUUGUGGUGAACAUUCUGAUUAUGGUUGGUUAACAUUUGUUAAUCAAGAUCCUGAUUCACAUAAUUGUCUUCAUGUUCGUACAACUGAUACAACAAAAGCAACAUAUGUAUCAGCUGAUCCAAUUAUUGUCAACGAACAAAUUGCUUUAACAUGUAAUAUCGGUGAUAUACUUGCGUUCAUCACUAAUCAUAAAUAUCGCUCAACACGUCACUGUGUUAUUAGUCCAGUUAAACCUGCUCGAUCACGUAUUUCUACUCCAUUCUUUUUUGAACCAAAUCUAGAUGUUAAAUUACGUAUUAAUGAAACAACUGAAUGUUAUUAUGGAGAAUAUUUAACAAAUAAAGUUCGAAAUAAUUUCAAUUAUUAUAAUGAUGAAACAAAAUAA